CAACUUCCGCCGCCCAUGCUCUCUUGGCGACAAGACACUGUCCUGAGUAGUUCCGCCGCCCACCCUGUGGUCCUGGAAGUUGGAACCUUUAAUGCCUGUCCUAUAACUAGAGGCUGCUCCUAACUUCCCUUUGUCUAUCUGUUGUUGCUCUGUUAUCCUGCUGUCUGUCCUACAGUAUAUGUGGUACUACGUACAACCGACUGGCACACACAACCCUACAUUCCACAGGCAUAUUCCACAGACAUGUACUGAACGGACUGACAAACGCAACAACAUUGACCGUUUGAGGAAAGGAUGCGCUCAACUUCCACGUACAUGUCACCAGAACAUGACUCUUCGUCUUUGAAUCCAACCUCGAUUACCAUCGUGGACGAUACUACAACCACCACCACCACUCCUCCAGAAGACUAUUACACUCCAUUCGCAAAGCAGCCGCACCACCACUUUUCGUCUCACUCCCCUCCCGAUCCGAUUACUAGUACCAACUAUUACAAUUACUAUCCCUCCUCGCCGGAGACACGUAUCUCCAUGUCCGGCUCUUCGACCGGCUCGUAUUCGAUACCACCACAGCGCAACGGGAAUUGGGAUUCGGCCCUUGCAAUGUCGUCGCCUCCAUUAUCGCCGCCGGCAGCUGUUUUGGAUCCGCAUAUAGAAGCGUCGAGAAUAGAAGCGGGGCUUAUCUCGCCUGAUACCUAUAAAAAAGGAAAAUGGUCUGCCGAGGUCUCCUUGUCAGAUGGUGGGCAUGGACAUGGACGAAACUCCUCGCGCAGUGUUGUCCACGAUGCGCCAAAUACAGUAACGGUAUAUACAACGACAUCAGAUGAUAAAGAGGGUGACCGGAAUCGAGAGCCGAAUGCUGUUUUAGUUUUGCUCCUCCUCUCCGGCCCAAUCCCAUUCUUCUCACUAUGCACCUCCAUCUACACCUUUUUCGCCGUCUUACUCGUCAUCUUCUCAUCCCCGCUCCGUCUCUGUCCACCCACCUCGUUCUUCCGCUCAACCACCUUCUCAACCCAACUUUGCAAACUCCUCGCUCCGGCGCUACGCAAACACGACCGACUCGCUCAAUCUAGUUCUUCACAGGAUUACUACUACCCCCAUUACGACAACUCAUCAAGCAAUUCAACCGACCCCUUCUCAGCAUCGGGGUUGAUUCUUGUGUUGAGUCUUGCUCCUUUCCUGUGCAUGGGGUUGUGGCUUGCGGUGUGGAUAGCUGCAUUUUUCUGGAUUUUUGCCAUGAUUCUUGGAAAUCCAGACGGCACGGAAAAGAAAGAUGAUGGUCGUGCGGCUGUCUUGGGUGUUAAUAGAUGGUGGCAGACGUGGUUGAGAAAGAGUCGAAAAUCUCAAUAACCUCUUCACUGCAACCGUGGAGAAUGGUUUGCUUCAUUAUAUUUUAUCAUGACCAGUAUACUGCAGCAUUUCAGGCGUUUUGUUUUUCUUGAUGGGUUUACUUCGCAUUUUGGCAGGCAUAUCAUUAUCAUCCGGUUUUAUUCGAUCGGAUUUGGGGAUUAGGGAUGGGAAAUGCACAUACACACGCGUUACUUGGUUUACGGAAAGAUAUGGGUGGGCAUCAUGACUUUAUUUUCCUUUUCUUUUCAGUCGGCGGACAUUUACUCGAAGUAAAAAGGCUAUAGAUGAGGAAUGUAUAUUUAGGAGAUUCAAAGUUUGAGAUACCAAUUUACUAUUAUGAUUGACUUGAAGAAUUUUGGACAUGGUAACUAGAGCUGCAGAAAAGUGUAGUCAUCAAUAUGUAGUGUAGUAACUUAGGGUAUUAACACAACCAAACAUCAAUAUGGCAAUUUUUCCCUCCAUGCAUUCUUUUCAUCUCAUCAUUCAAUUUUUUAACUUUCCUUUUUAUGAAUCCUGAAGAUCAACGUCUCCCUCUUCCCCUAGACCUAGCUACAAACCCCCUCCCACUCCCACUCCCACUCCUCCUCUUUUCAAUCCUUCCCUUCGUUUUAUUCGUUGCUGUCGACGCGCCGUGCGAUUUCGGUACACCUAAUCCUCUCCGUCCAGCCGCGAUUCCACCCGCUUUUCUUUUCACGUCAUUAUCAACAACAUCAUCCUCAUCGUCGAUAUCCAUGCCAUCUGCAUCCUUUUUACCGAAUUUCAGGCGCCCCUUUUGUCCUCGUCGAACUGCGUUGGGACCACUGACUGCGUCCAGGUAUGCGUUUAUACCACCUGUGCCUGUAUCUUCUCCAGCGCCGGUCAUUUGGUAGCCCUCCUCGUCUUCAUUAGCAUUGUCGGCAUCACGCAAGAUCAGUUUUCCGUCAACGUCGACUUUGGCGCCAUGUCGUUUACGGUUUUUGCCUACGCCGUUGUCUAGAAAGCGGAGGGAGGGUUUUGUGGUUGAUAUCGAUGCCAGGGCGUCUGGGGCGAGGAGAUCGAGGGGAUUUGAUUCGGGGGAUAGUUCGCGGAUGUAUUGUUCUCCUGUCGCUGUUCGUUUACCUCUUCCUUUCUGAUAUUUGCUUCCUUCUUCUUCGCUGUCCGAGUCGUCGUCCGAUGAGACAUCGGAGCCAUAAACGGCUCUAUCAAAUUCAUUCGAGAAUCCUGCCUUGGCCGUAUCGGCUUCCUCAUUGUCGUCAUCUGCACCCUCCUUCUUCUUCCUCUUCUUGCGCUCGCGCUCCUUUCGAAUAUUCACGACUAAUUUCCGAUCCGCUUCACCCACCAGCCCCUCAAUAAGAGGCGCACCGAAUCUACGCACAAGCCGGUCCAGGAUACCCUUAACUUUCGUGCGAAGACGACCCUUGUGCUCUUUACUCCAUACCAUUAGAUUCGGCACAAGAGAAUUAAGACGUGGUCGAAGCAUAUCCUCUGGUAAACAGACAACAGCGACUUUCGCGAAACCGAGGA